UGAGAGUAACUCAAGUAUCGCCAAAGCCAUAGACCUUGUAACUGACAAAAUACAAGACGAAAUUAAUGCAUUCUGUUCAAAACAAAAUGACACAAUCCUCAGGACAAACAAGAAUGUGUCUGUAGGACACAGGGUGUGCCCCCGACUGGUAAAUUUGUCACAAACAAGGGGCAAUUAUUCAAAUGUUUGCAGUCUUAAUGGGGUAUAGCCUCAACAAACAUUUUGUGAAAAAAAAGAGAUGUGCAAGUUUAUAUCUUGAUAAAGACUUAUGCAAGUUUUCAACCAUCUAUAUACCAUACUUUAUGAGCUAGGUGCAUCACAAGGUGAAAAUGUGCAUUUUUGACUAUUUCAGGGGCCAUAACUCUGAAAAUAGGGGGCGGGCCCAAAUGAAAAAUAUAAGGUGCACAAGAUUGGACUCAUGUAAGGUUUCAUGAAUCUAUAUCAAAUACUUUUUGAGCUAGGCAUGUCACAAGGUGAAAAUGUGCAUUUUUGACUAUUUCAGGGGCCAUAACUCUAAAAAUAGGGGGCGGAGCCAGACGAAAAAUAGAAGGUGUGCAAGUUCAUAUCAUGAUAAAGAUUCAUGCAAGGUUUCAUCAAUUUAUAUCAAAGACUUUUUGAGCUAGGCGCGUCACGAACUUCGGACGGACGGACGCACGCACAGACAAGACCAAAUCUAUAUGCCCCCACCACUCAUGAGGGGCACAAAAAUGAGGAAGUUCUUGAGUCUUUCACAUGGACAAAAAAAGCUGAAGAUUUCGAAACAAAGACGCCUGUAUUCUGGCGUUUAUUAUUGAAAAAUGUGCCCAAAAUCCAAGGCAAAAAACUAUAAAUGUGCGAAAAACAAAGGAAUCAAACAUUCCUGGAUUAGCAAGCACUGCAUGCAAAAUUAUAUAUUUGUACAGCUGGCAAAUGGAUGCUGUACAACAAAUUAACAGCAUAAUCUUGCUUAAGAGUGGAGCUCAAAAGUCUGCCUUCAGACGGCUAAAUGCAACACAUGAUUGUCUAGGGUAUUCAUCUACUCUUCUGAUGGCAGACAAUUUUGGAUCAAUGUGGGAAAAAGAUCUCCUCUCUUGGGUUGAAGCUGCUGAUAAAGACAGAGCGAUAGAAAAGCAGCUUGUUGGCGAAAUUGACCGACUCGAAGAAGAUGCCAUAUUUAUUGAUGACCCUGUAGAAUCUGUGGCCAACAUGUUUCAAACCGAAAAUGUAAAAGUAGACCUUUUAACCCAUAGAGCAAACAUGCAAAAGGGAUACUAUUUUGUUGGAGACAAUGUAGACAUGAGAACUAAAGUUAGGCAAGUGAUACUAAAAAACCAGAACAAGGACCAGCAUAUGUACCAGAUAUGUGCCUAUAGGAAUCGGAUAUCUGGGAAUGAUCUUGAUAACACAAAACCGAAAAACUGUAUUGAUAAAGUGCAGUUUAAAACACUUCUGCCCUCUGACGCGGAAAGAGAGAAAUUAUUAGAAGACUUUUCUUUUUUGGUAGCUAAGCAAUGGACAGAAGACAUACCUUACUUCAGUCCAUACCAAGCAGUUUUACCAAAGUAUAUAGAACAUAAACACAUGAAGGAAACAUGUCAAAAAACCGAAAGGAUUAACAUGGUUGUCCUACAAAAGAAUGAACAGUACAAUGAAGAUAUGACAGACAUCUGCUCUUUCUUGAACCAGUAGAACCAGGUGCUAUGGAAGAGGAUGACAAUCGUAAACCAGAAAAAGUUCUCAGUGGCGGGGAUUAUCUGACCUUUGAGAGGCACAUGCAAGCCCAAUCUGUAAAACGAAAUGGGCGAACUCCAAUGAAAAGAAUGGAGGGACUUUUACCGAAAAUGGUAUAAUUUCACAAUCAAGCCGAAUUCCUGCAGGGGAGAACAGUUUUAAAUUUCAUUUCCCUUGCGUAUUACGAAAAUUAUAAACUUUCCACCCGUUAUAAUUUUUUAAAAAAUGUGUAGAGUUGUCGUC